AUGGUGCUCACCACCGACACCUCCAACUUUCGUGCCAUAGUGCAGGAGUUCACCGGCAUCCUCGACCCGCCCUUCGCCGGCGCCGCAACGAUCGCGCACUCCCGCUUCGACCACCACCUCUUCCCCUUGCGUACCGCCACCGCUGCCAUCGGGACCGUGAGCCCCACCAUGCUCUCGCAGUACCUCGUCCGCCCCUUCGUGCACAAGGUCCAGGUCCACGCGUCGUCGACCCCCUACCCGCCAAGCUUCACCUCGCCCUCGACGUCCUCACCAGCGCCGACCAACAUCUCCAUUGCGCCUGCUUCCACCACCACCACCGGCACGAUGGCCGUGGCGUCGUCCAGCGACAGCUACCACCAGCUCAUAGCCGCCUCGGCAUCCGCUCUUCUCGGGAUGCAGCAAGAUCACAGAAGCAACAACUACCACUCGUUCCAUCAGAGCUCCUCCCUCGGCGACGGCAAGUACGCGACGCACCCAGUGUUCGACCGCGGCAUAGCGCCGCUGUCGUCUUCCGCCACGAGGCUGCAGGACCCGGUGGACUUCUUGGGUCUCACACACGACGUCAUGUUGGGCUCCCAAGGGCCGCACGUGCACUUCCACCCGCGCAACAGCGUCGACGUGCUAACCGGCCUGGUCGGGGGCACGUCCGUCACCGGGGCCGGUGGCUGGAAGGCGACGUAUUCUUUGAUGCGGCCUCUGCUGGAGCGCAAUCGGCGUAACCCGUCGGCCGACGGUUCCACAGCGAUGACGGUGACGGCCCCGGUGGCGGCAACGGCGGGCAUGAGAACACAAGCAGGCGAGGGCGAGGCGCCCGUGCUCGACUGGAGCUGCUGGAGCCGAAGGAAGGAGAGGGAGGGAAUGAGUGGGUGA